AUGCUGUCUCUUAACCUCCUCGAGAGCAUCGCUGCUUUCUUCCGCCCAGCAAGCCCAACAACCCCGGAAGGAGCCCCCUGCUCCUCCCCAGGCAGCUCUUCCUCCAAGAGCUGCACCCAUCCCCCUGCUGUAAAACAGCUACAGCCCAAGCAAGAAGCCACCGAACCCGUCCUUUGCCGACGUUACGUGUAUUUCAAUGCGCGCGCUCAAAAGAGCGACCAAUCUUCCACUACCACUUCUUCUUCUACUACCACUACUUCCAUCGAGACAGCCGCUACCACAAAAGACUCUCGUGAACUAUCUGCUCCGGAUAACAAGACCCUUUCUCGCGGCAUGUCCCCUGCCGAGGCAGCUUCUACCACCGAUUAUGAUUGUACCCCUGAAUUGCUUGCCGCCAACCCAAACGGCGAGCAGCAAACGUCUAUUCCAAACCAGGAUGCUACUGUGAAGAUCAGUGCUUCUAUGUCCUGGCGCGGCCGUCUCCAUCACAAAAGCUCUCGACGGUUUGCCGCGGUUAAAAAUGCGCUUCUCCAUCGUCGUCCCCCUCCAGAUGUUCCGGACAUCCAGGAACAGGAACAGAGAAAAGUAAGCGAUAAGACGGUUGGUUCUGAGAACACCGUGUGUCGCCGGCCCUCUCGACGAGAGGAUUCUCCCAUCGCCAUGCAAAGCCGCAGUCAGCCUGACGAUGAUAUACUACAACGCACAUCUACAGAGAAGAUAAAAAUACCAAAGAGCCGCCCGAUCCCAGAGUACAGCUUUCGAGAUUUCAGCGGUAUCACGCAAGGCUCUGGCUGCUCAGAGUACACGCCCCCCCCAUUAUGCUCUUUACCUAGCUAUAUGCUCCACCAGCGGCUGUUCUCCAACAUGGGCAUGCAGAAUCGGCAAGAAAGAGCGUUUGACGAUUUUAACCAUCUUGCUGAGUUUCAUCAAUUUUACAGUCUUAUUCCGCCUGAGCACGACCCGAUCAACAUGCAGGAGGUGGUUCAGCCAAAACCGUCAAAAAGAAAAGCCAUUCUCCACAAAGUUCGAAGUAUGCGUUCUGGGUUUCGCCUCAGAGCGACUCAGCAAGGCCCAACUCUACGACGAGUCAAGACAUUCACGGGGCUGUCUAGUCAGUUUUAUAGUAUGGAUUCAUUGAAGGGCAAGAGUUUGGAAACUCUAGCUCGAUUGGGUGGCUACAGUGUUCUCACGUUUCCUGGGGACUUUGUGCCAGCGUUGAUGAGACUUCCGGCAUGCCUAGUCUCGAUGAUUGAUUAUUUGCGCCUUUAUGGCGCAAAGUCACGCAACGUCUUCUUCGACCCGGGAGAUAUGACAGUUGCCUCUCGCAUUUACGAGCACUUUGCCAGUCAGGUGCUCUCUGUGGAAAAGGAACAAGACAUUGUCGACGUUACCAUGCGGAAGAGUGAAUUUCCUUGCGAGGCAGUGGGGUUUGGGUCUGAAGAAGAAUCGUUUUUACGCGGACGCUUCCAUGUUCUUCCCGUGGCAUGGGCGUUUAAACAUGUGCUUGCGGGCAUACCAGGCGGGAUUUUGGGCUCGCCUCGACUAUAUCUUACGCUUAUUGAUCUAAGCAGGCGUAUGUUUCCGGACGAACCACCGGAUCUGCCAGAGGGACACUUGUAUUGGUCUCGGCCAGCAAUGUCGCAGACGAGGGUGCGAGCGAUUGCGCUGGCGAUUUUGGCGUUGACGAGCGACAUGCAGCUUGAUUUGAUCUGCGCGGUGUUUGGACUGUGCUCGCUGCUCGACUACGCGACUAGCCAGUUGAUCGAGGACUACAUAGGGAGGGAUGUUCCUGUGGAGGCAUGGGCGGCGGGGCUGUUGACACGGCAGCGAAUCGUGCAGGCGUUUGCGCCGUUGCUAGCCGGGGAGUUGUUUGCCGUUCGCAAGGGGGAUUCCAACAGCGAGGCGUUUUUUGUGAUGAGCGUGAUGAUGGUGAACUGGCGGGCGGUAAGCCGGCAGCUGCGUGCUUUUGAUGGAUGA